AUGGACGACGAACACGAAUUCCAUCCCCAUGCACGGGGUACGACGUCGCCGAAAUCCCCUCCGAGACGACGCCGACCAGCCCUGUCCUGCACCAUAUGUCGACGCCGCAAGUUGAAAUGCGACCGGUCUUUGCCAUGCGGGCAGUGCGUCAAAUCCAAGACUCCGGAUCGGUGCGUGUAUUCCGGCCCCCAGGUGCCCGCACACUCGGAAUCACGCCCCCUGGGAAACACCCCGGAUCGCGUGCAGAUGCCGGCGAGUCGUGCCAGUUCGGUGCACGGCGGACUCUACGUGUUCGACUCGAAACACCAAUCCUCGGCGAACCGAGUCACCAAGCCCAGGGGGCGACCCGACGAGCUAUACGAACUACGCCAUCGCGUGCAAAUGCUGGAACAUGCUUUAUCGAGAACGGGCUCGGUUCCCACGCCGGAUAACUCGGGUCUGGACGGCCUGGGGGAAUCGCCGCUGCGGGCGUCAUUUGACACGCAGUACAUCAGCGAGAAUGUUAAGCAUCUGCCCUCGCACGCCUCCUUCCGCGGCAAGAAUGGUAAAUCGAGAUUCUGCGGUCGCUGCCAUUGGGGCGUGACUCUCUCAUAUUUUAAGGAUGUCGGGGCCGUGUUAAAGGGUCGGCGCGACAAGUUCAAAUCGAAGGAUUCGGAUUACAUGCGGUUGAAGAAACUGAGGGGGGAGGUGUGUUCUCGCGAACAGCAGGACCAUCAGCGUGCUUAUCGCGAGAAGGCCUUCUCGAUGGAAGAUAUGAUUCCCCACCGAAGAGUGGCGGAUGAGCUGCUCAGCUUGUAUCUGUCAACCUACGAGACCACGUGUCGCAUCCUGCACGUUCCGACCUUCCUCAAACAGUACGAGGCUUACUGGGCCGGCACGGAGAGGGUGGACCAGGUUUUCCUGGCCAAGCUGCUGGCGUUGAUGGCUGCUAGUAGCUGUUUCUUCGGGCCGACGACGAGAUUGAACGAGAACGACACGCUGCAAAGCUCGGCCUCGGCAUGGAUAAUCUCCGUGCAGUCGUGGAUUGCGUCCUCCUUCGUCAGCUCGACCAUCAAUCUCGACAUGCUGCAGAUCCAGUGUCUUUUGAUGAUCGCGCGUCAAGCCGAUGCGACCGACGGCGAUCUCGUGUGGAUCUCGUCCGGUUCGGUUCUGCGGUCGGCGAUGGCCAUGGGCUUGCAUCGAAGCCCGUCCCAUUUCGGGAGAAUGACCCCAUUCUGGGCGGAAAUGCGCCGCCGGUUGUGGACCACGAUCCUGGAAUUUGACCUGCAGUCGUCCUUGGACGGGGGAAUGCCCCCAUCAAUCGACCUGGACGAGUACGACUGCGAGCCGCCGUCGAAUUACGACGACACCGACAUGACGGAAGAGAUGACCGAGGACGCGGUCCCCAAAGAUCUUGGGGUCGUCACGCGCAGCAGUUUUCAGGUCCUGCUAUCUCGAUCGCUGGGGCUCCGCAUGCGGAUAGCGAAGCUCGUCAACAGUUUGAAAUUCGAGAUGUCGUAUGAUGAGGCGCUGCGCCUGGGCGACCAACUGAUGAUGCAUAUGAACGAAGCGCUGACGUUAUAUCCGGACGGCGGAUCGACGGUGCUCAGCCCCUCGGGCACCCGGCCAUUUGCUCGAUCAUUAUUGAUUUUUCUCAUGCGCCGAUUCCUGCUUGUUCUCCAUCGGCCUUUUGCUCUCAGCAUUUCGCUCUCGCCCAAGUUCUCUUUCUCGCGCAAGAUCUGCCUCGAGUCAUCCCUGGAGAUGCUUUCACAACUUGAUCCGCCGCCGGUCAGUCUCCCGGAAGCACAGGUCUGUCCUCAUACGGGGCAACUUGGGGGAGGGAUGUUUCGCGACGAGUUCUUUCACGCCGCUCUCAGUGUCAGCGUGGAACUUUGUUGGCAGAUGGAGGAGCUCUCGCCCGCUCAUGCGCCGUCCGGCCAGUCCAGCUCAUUAAGCUCGCUGAACGAGCUGGUGCGGUCGCAGCAAGGAGUUCUAUUGAGAGCAGUCGAGAGUACCCUCGACCACUUUGGCAACCGGAUUAAUACGCGAGGGAAAGGAUGCAAAGCUUUCUUCUUCUUGAGCAUGGUACUUGGCUCUGUCAAAGCGAGAAUGAACGGGGAGGAUCCUCAGUUGAAAGCCGAGCAGGUAGCCAUGCGGGCCAUCCGGGACUGCGAGCAACUCAUUCGGGGAGCAUCCUGGGCCGAUGUUCGGGCCCGUCAAGAAGGUUCCGCCGGAGUGCCUACGCUGACUCCCGGACUGGAUUCCACCUCGUCCGAGAUUCCGUUCGAUUCAUCCUCGAUCGAUCCUGCUGGUCUGACAGACCUUUCGCCUUAUGAUUUUGCGACCAUGUUUGAUGGGAUUGAUUAUGGGUUGCCAGACCUCUGGGACAACAAUUUCCUCACCUCCUUUUUUGGAUAA